AUGGCGAUAAUAAACUCACAAACGUUGCCAAUUGCACAUAUGCAUUUGACAGAAAUAUUCAAAAGGCUUGACUUCGAAAAUUUGCUGUCGUGCAGACUCGUUUGUAAAAGGUGGAAAGAAAUUCUGUUUUUCUUCCCAUUGAAACACACCCUAUUCACCAAGAAUUCAAUUGGGAAGAUAUUCCCUUUCAUGUUUGAUGUGACCAUUAAUGAAAUCUCUGUUUCAUUGAUUACUUCUUUAGACACGACGCUGUGGCUGAAAAAUAUAUCUAUAAGGCACAUUACACAGAAGUCAUGCGACUUGCUUGGAAAGAUGAAUUUAAAUUUGGUGACAACUCUCGAACUGUACUUUUCGAACAGCACUUAUUUGAAUGUAAACAACAUGCAGUCGUUGAAAAGACUUUCUCUUUACGACUUCCCAGCACUUCAAGACGACGGCUUUAUAUGUGUCAACCCGACACUCAGAGAACUGAAGCUGUCGUCGAUUCCAUUCCUGGCAUUCAAAAAGGUAAAACACAUUACACCCUAUCUCAAACGACUUGAACUCACCAACACACCAUUGGUCAACAAAAAUACAUUUUCACAAUUCACUCGCUUUGUUCAACUGAAACAUCUGAGCAUCAACGAUAACGAAGAACUGACAGACAACGCCUUGCAAGGAACUUUGCAAAACGCGAACAUCAUUGAAAUGACAAUUUCUGAUUGCCCACUUCUUCAUGGAAAAUGUCUUUCCACUUUCCCACCUCUCGAAAAACUUAAUUUGACAUUUAACAGAGCGCUUGACUUCAACUGUAUUGAGACGUACAACUUUCUGGAGAAGCUCACAUCACUGGACUUGUUUGGAAGUUCCGUGUCACGGCUCCCCGAAAUGCCUAAACUAAAAAGGUUGUCAAUUGGAUACACUGAGGUCAAAACUUCCAUGGUCUCAAAACUUCAGACGCUUAAGUCGUUGGAUGUAACUUACCUCAAACUAACAGACGAAAUGCUUGACGGGAUUGCAGCAAUCAAAGGGAUUAUUACACUAAAUUUGUCUUUCAACACUUCACUCUCUGAUAUUGGGCUUCAAAAGAUCAUCAACAACUGUACAAAGUUGCAAGGAAUCAAUUUGGCAAGAUGUACCCUUCUUACAAGCCACACACUAAGCACGCUGACAAAAAUUACUUCCUUAAAGUGUUGCGUCUUGCCGAAUUUUCUUAAAGUAAAUGCAGACAGAAUUUGGAAUUCUCUUGCAUACUCUGACAUCGAAUAA